GGCACUCUACUUUCCAAUCCUUUCCUUUUUCCCAGCCCUCCUCUCCUUUCCUUCUCCUCUAUAAAUACCCCUCCUUUCCUCUUUCUUUUCUCGCUUUAACUUUCGGAAGCUGAUAUCCGGAAAAGCGAGGUAGAGAAUCGUUGGCUUUUCUGUUUUCUGUGGGAGAGGAUUUGAAUUUUGAAAGCGGGAAAGUGUUCGAUCUCCGAAUCAUCCAUUGUUUUGGCUCCUUUUGUAAGAUAAGGGGAGAAUGGCGGUGGCGUCCAGGGGAAGAGCAGAGCUUGUGAAGCAAUGGAAGGAUCGCGAGACGAGUCCCGAGAGAACCAAGGUAUGGACGGAGCCGAAGCCGAGGAGUUCUCCGAGGAAGGUGCCGGUGGUCUACUAUCUCUCCAGGAACAACCAAUUGGAGCACCCGCAUUUCAUGGAGGUCUCCCUCUCCUCCAGCGAUGGCCUCUAUCUCAGAGAUGUGAUCGAUCGACUCAAUUUUCUCCGAGGAAAGGGAAUGGCCAGCAUGUACUCAUGGUCUUCCAAACGGAGCUACAAGAAUGGAUUCGUGUGGCACGAUCUCUCCGAAGACGAUUUCAUCUACCCGACUCACGGCCACGAGUACGUCCUGAAGGGGUCGGAGCUUCUCCUCCCGGUGGCCUCCUCUCCGACAUCCCAAGACACCGGUGCCUCCUCCGCCUCCAACUCCGAGAAGCCGCUCGAGAUCCCCAAAUCCGUCCACGAUGACUCCGACUACCCUCUCGUCAGGAGAAACAAGACGCCGUGGAGCUCUCUGGAUCUCAACGAGUACAAGGUCUACAAGACCGAGCUCACCGCUGAGACUGCCCUCAAGGCCGCCGACGCGGCCACACAGACCGACGAGAAGCGGCAGAGGCGGCGCGCCGUCGUCGUGCGGGACGAGGUCCCGCGGGUCGAGGAGGAGAACCCCACGACGGAGCUCGGGAGGGACGAGAUCUCGCCGCCGCCGUCCUCGUCCAGCCCGGAGACCCUCGAGACGCUGAUCAAGGCCGACGGGCGGCUCGUCCCCGUGGCACCGAGCGAUGCGGAUCGGACGGUGGAUAGCUACCCGAGCGGGAGGCUCCGGGCCUCUGCGGUCCUGAUGCACCUCAUCUCCUGCGGCUCCAUUCCGAUCAAGGACCACGGGUUCUCCCUGGCGUCGCACUACAGGGGAAGGCUGCCGCGUGGACGGUCCGACAUGAGCGCCCGGGUUGCGAUGGACGGCUUGAUCGAAAACCCUAGUUUCGCCGCGAUCCGGAUGGAGGACAAGGAGUAUUUUAGCGGCAGCUUGAUCGAGACAAAAAAGAAGGAAAGCGGCGGCGUCGCAGAAUUUCCUGGCUUGAAGCGUUCCUCUUCUUACAACGCUGAUAGGAGCUCGAAAUUGGAGCUGGCCGAGAAGGAGAUCGAGGGCGUCCGCGCCAAGUGCAUCCCCAGGAAGCCGCGGGUCACCGCGAGGAAGGAAGCCAACCCGCCCGGCUCCGGCAGCACCCACGGCAGCAGGAGGAUCAACGACGAACCCCCUCAAAAGUAGCAGACAGCGGAGCGAUUGUGGAACAAAGUGCACAAUGAAUUAAGAAGAGAAGUCUUCCGAGACCGAGGAGCAUGAAUUGGUGCGAUGCGAAUGCUUGCCUAUGCCUUGCCUUGCCGAUCACGGCACGGAGUUGUUGCUACCAUUGGAGAGAGAUGUGUUUUGGUUCCCCAUAACCUUACUUAUGUGUAUAGGAAUUACCUCUAAUGAUGCUAUGCGAAACUAAAACCGCGUCACCUUUUACUCCCAUCUCCUCCGCAGUUUUUUUUCAAUUGUUUGUGGUUGUCUCUUUCCUCUGUGGGCCUUUUUAGCUCUAGGGUUUGGUUUUACUAUGUUCCCCUU